UGUUGGCAAGCGUGAAGUCUUUCCCAGAUUGCGACCAUAACAAAGGCAGGUAUUCUGUAAUACCGAGACUUAUAUCGUCUGUCAUCGAUAAAAAAUGGUGCGACUUACUCUCCGUAGGAGGCUCUCCUACAACACCGCCAGUAACAAGCGACGGAUUGUAAGGACACCUGGAGGUCGCUUGGUGUACCAGUAUGUAAAGAAACGUGGAAAGCGUGCAGCUUGCGGUAACUGCAAGAGAGAGCUUGCAGGUGUUGUUCGCUGCCGUCCUUACGAGCUCAAAAGAAUGCCCAAGUACAAGAAGAAAGUGAGCCGUGCCUAUGGUGGUUCUCUUUGCCAUACAUGUGUUCGCGAAAGAGUUGUACGCGCUUUCCUGAUUGAAGAACAGAAGAUCGUGGUUAAGGUACUCAAGGCACAGAAGGCUGCUGCUGCUGCUGCAGGAGGAUCUAAGAAGUGAAUUAAAUAAAGAGGAGAAAAAA